CGUCUCAAGUCUGAGUCGGAAAACCGCGUUUUUCCCACUCUUACGGUCUUACCGAUUCCGUCAUUGACUCAUUUUCUUUAGAAAUAUAGAGGAAACCUCUCUCUUACUUUCGUCUAUUACUCAUUUCUUUUCCCCCAAACCUCUUCAUCUUUCGGCACCAGCUUUUCUGGUCAGUUUCAAGUUUGAUUCAACCACUGACACAGAGGCCAAUGCAUACAACGACUACUGAAGUUCAUUGUUGAAUAUCCAGACAAUCAAUAGCAGAGAUUAAUACAAGUCCUAACUAAUCCCAAAAAUGAAGAAAGAAUUCCCAUCUCUUUCUUCUCGAUAUGUUAUCUUCCUUGUUGUCAAGACUCUGUUACUACUAGAAACAGCAGUGGGAGAUCCCAGAUCCCAAACAGUCCAAGUAAUUUGUGGGAACCAACUUGAGCACAAUAGCAGUAUCUUUGUUCCAAAUUUUGUUGCUACAAUGGAAAAAAUCAGCGACCAAAUGCGAGUUUCAGGCUUUGGAGAAGCAGUCACAGGUUCAGGCCCUGAUAUUAACUUUGGGCUUGCCCAGUGCUAUGGAGAUCUCCCAUUACUUGACUGUGUAUUGUGCUAUGCUGAGGCUCGCACGGUUCUUCCCCAGUGCUUUCCUUACAAUGGGGGUCGGAUUUACCUCGAUGGUUGCUUCAUGAGGGCCGAGAAUUAUAGCUUCUUUGAGGAGUAUAAAGGACCGGGUGACGGUGCCGUUUGUGGGAAUAAAACAAGGAAGAACUCAACAUUUGAGGCAUCAGUGAGAGACGCUGUGACACAGGCAGUUGUAGCUGCACCAAACCAGAAAGGCUAUGCAAGAGCUCAGGUUGCUGUACCUGGGGCAGUGAAUGACUCAGCUUAUGUUCUGGCUGACUGUUGGAGGAGUUUGAAUGCAAGCUCUUGUAGAGAGUGCUUGGACAAUGCAUCUACUUCAAUAUUGGAAUGCUUGCCUUGGUCGGAAGGGCGAGCGCUGAAUACCGGCUGCUUCAUGAGGUACUCGGACAAAGAUUUCCUCAACAAAGUAGUCGGAAAUGGAAGUUCUAGAGGUACCACAAUAGUGAUAGUAGUUUCUGUAGUGAGUUCGGUGGUUGUUUUGGUAGUUGGAAUAGUUAUUGGAGUUUAUAUCUGGAAGCGCCUACACAUACAAAAGAAAAGAAGAGGUUCAAAUGAUGCAAGAAAGUUGGUGAAAACGCUUAACGACAGUAGCUUGAACUUCAAGUAUUCCACAAUAGAGAAGGCUACAGGAACCUUUGACAACGCCAACAAGCUUGGGCAAGGAGGAUUUGGUACUGUUUAUAAGGGAGUUUUGCCUGAUGGACGAGAGAUUGCUGUCAAGAGACUUUUCUUUAACAAUAGACACAGAGCAGGGGAUUUCUACAAUGAAGUUAACAUGAUAAGCAGUGUGGAACACAAAAAUCUUGUCAGGUUAUUAGGAUGCAGUUGCUCAGGACCGGAGAGCCUACUUAUCUAUGAAUACCUGCCUAACAAAAGCCUUGAUCGGUUCCUCUUUGACACUAACAGAGGUAAAGCACUCAACUGGGAGAAGAGAUACGAGAUUAUUGUUGGUACAGCAGAAGGUUUAGUCUACCUUCACGAGAACUCCAAGAUCAGAAUCAUUCAUAGAGAUAUAAAAGCCAGUAAUAUCUUGUUAGACUCAAGGCUUCGUGCUAAAAUUGCCGAUUUUGGGUUGGCCAGGUCUUUCCAAGAAGAUAAGAGCCACAUAAGCACGGCCAUUGCAGGAACACUAGGAUACAUGGCUCCAGAAUACCUAGCCCACGGCCAGUUAACAGAGAAGGUCGAUGUCUACAGCUUUGGGGUGCUUGUGUUAGAGAUUGUUACGGGAAGGCAGAACAACAGGUGCAAAACCUCAGAAUACUCAGACAGCCUAGUCACAAUAACAUGGAAGCAUUUUCGAUCAGGUGCAGUUGAACAAUUAUAUGAUCCAAAUCUAAUGCCGCAUGACCACCAGGACAGCAAUGUUCCGAAUGAGGUUUUCAGGGUGAUGCAUAUUGGACUUCUGUGCACCCAAGAGAUUCAGUCAUUACGACCAACAAUGUCAAAGGCACUACAGAUGUUAACAAAGAAGGAGGAGCACCUUCCUGCACCAACAAAUCCACCUUUUAUGGAUGAAGGGACCAUGGAACUGAAUGACACGUGCGAGGGCCCACUUUACCCCUUCAAAGCAGGAAUUUCUGAUUCAAUUGCCACCGUCGCUGACAGUUCUUUCUAUCCCAGGUGACCAUAUUGCUACAAUCUCCGGCAGUUCUUUCUGUCGCAGGUGACUGUAAGCGGAGUGAGGAUGGCUGUUUUCUCGGAAAAACCCAUGCUCAUAAGUUGUCUAUUCAAAUGAAAGAAACCACAGAUCUCAGAUUACAACCAGGCCUCAGCUGCUUGUCAUUGUCAUUUGGCAGCCAACUCAAGGAACUCGAGGAAUUCUAGAUGCGUGACUGAGGGCUUCAACGACAACUCUCCCAAAUUUGAGUUUGAGGAAGUAUAUAGAUAUGUGUGUGUAUGUAUUUGUGUGUGUGUGUGUAUAUAUAUAUACACACACACACACACACACACACACACACACACGGAUGUCUCAACCUGCAUGUCAAACACAGGAUGUAGCACCCUAAAUAGAAAAGUUUUUUUUGAUAAGUAACACCCUAAAUAGAAAAGUUGGCAGUCUUUUUAAUUGUUUGAGAUGUAAACCUGAUGAAGCAACCAAAACUGCAAAGACAGAAUAUAUGAGCAGAAAAGAAAAUUCGGGCUA